AUGGGCACAGGGAGGAGGACACAGACUUUCAUGCCGAAUGAAAGUGCACCGUUUGAUCCAAAUCAAUCUGCUAGAAAUUUGAGAAAGAUUCACCUUGGUGGUGUCGUAUUUGGUUGCAAGAACAACACCAUAAGAGAAUGCCUUGUUAAACAACUCUUUGGCUUACCAGCUCAACAUUUUUCAUAUGUCAAGAAUAUUGACCCAGGCUUGCCGCUCUUUCUAUUCAACUACAGUGAUCGCAAACUUCAUGGCAUCUUUGAGGCUGCAAGCUCUGGACAAAUGAAUAUUAAUCCAUAUGCAUGGACUGUGGAUGCUUCAGAGAGAACACUAUAUCCUACUCAGGUUCAGAUCCGUGUCCGGCUGCAAUGCCAACCAUUGCUUGAAGAUCAGUUUAAGCCAGUAAUCAUGGACAACUAUUUUAGUCACAAUCAUUUCUGGUUUGAGCUGGACCACGCUCAAGCAAGUAGAUUGAUAUCUAUAUUAUAUUCUCAAGCUGUUGCUCCGAGUACCUUGGUACCAAAGAAUAUAGCAAUGUGGGGAAAUACAAUCCCAGGCUUGCCCUCUACUGACAGGAGAGAGGAAAAAGGUUUGGGGCCUCCAGCUUCAGAGGUUGAUCUUGCUCGUUUCAAUAAGUCAAAUGGGAAUGUGGGUACUUCAGAUGCUUCUCUCUAUAUAGAUGGCAAAAACCAGCCACUGGAAGCUUGUUUCGGUAAUCAAGUGUCAGAGAAGGAAGAGAAGGAACUCAUGUACAUGAAAUUAAAAGAACUGGCUCUUAACCGUACGCAUUCAGACUCGCCUUUGAUGGAAUGUUUAGGUGAAAAAGUAGCUGACAUGAACUUGGGGCACAAAGUUUCAGUAGAGGCAGAGACAUUUUCUGGGGAGAAAAAUGAGAAGAAUGAAGAAAUUUCUUUGAACUCAUCAGAUUAUCCUUCCAUCAUAGCUCAGUUGAUUCGAGAAAUGGAAGAGCUAAAGGUUUUUAAGACACAGCAAAUUCAAAAGAUGGGUUAUUUGGAGCAGAAGCUGGUUGAAGCAGAAAAAGAAAUUGGACUGCUAAAGGAUGGAUGUACAAAGUUGGAGUAUAUGACUAAUCCUGUUGAACAUGCUGAUGCAACUAUAAUGGAGUCAUUUGAUGAGCUUCCCCUUGAGCUUGACGAGCUGAUACUUCUUGUGGGAGGAUAUGAUGGUGUAUCAUGGUUAUCAGCAUUGGAUGCCUACUCACCUUCGAAGGAUAUGAUAAAGGCUCUUAAGCCAAUGGGCUCUGUUCGCUCUUAUGCUUCAGUUGCAAGGUUGAAUGGAGAGCUUUAUGUUUUUGGUGGUGGAAAUGGUUCUUUGUGGUAUGACACAGUUGAGUCAUACAACCCAGCAAAUAAUCAAUGGACUCUGUGUCCUUCUCUAAAUGAGAAAAAAGGAAGCUUAGCAGGUGCAACUCUGAAUGGCAAGAUUUUUGCGCUUGGAGGUGGGAAUGGGAUUGAAUGCUUUUCAGAUGUUGAAAUGUUUGAUUUAGAUGUUGGUUGUUGGAUUUCAACACGGUCAAUGCUACAAAGGCGAUUUGCUCUUGCUGCAACAGAGCUAAAUGGUGUGCUCUAUGCUGUUGGUGGAUAUGAUGGCAAGGAUUACUUGAAGUCUGCUGAAAGGUUUGACCCCAGAGAACAUUCCUGGACCAGAAUUGAGAGUAUGAAUAUGAGGAGGGGCUGUCAUUCAUUGGCUGUUUUAAAUGAAAAAUUAUAUGCUCUGGGUGGUUAUGAUGGAAGUACAAUGGUUCCAAGCAUUGAAAUUUUUGACCCUCGUCUUGGGACUUGGAUGACCGGGGAUCCAAUGAACCAAUCCAGGGGAUAUUCAGCUGCAGCAGUUGUGAAGGAAUCUCUUUAUGUGAUUGGAGGAGUUAAAUCUGGUGAUGAGAUUGUAGACAUGGUUGAAUGUUUUAAGGAUGGUGAGGGUUGGCAAGCAACCAACUUGAAAGCCAUUGGUAGAAGGUGUUUUUCCUCGGCUAUUGUUUUAGGACAGGAUUAAGCGGUACCUUCUGAAUAUGAGAGCUUAUGGAUUUUCAUCAAUUCAAGAUAGAAGUUGCUUCAUCUCAGCCAUUGUUUUACCAGGGUUAUGGGCUGGGGAGUAAUAUGCAAUCCAGCCUUGUUGUGAAGUUACAGAAUGGUCAAUCAUGUAAUCAGUUUAAUGGCCUUGCUUUUGCUGUUUUGCUGUCCAAGCACCCUUUUCUUGUUGGUUGAAGAUGACACUUAAUUCAGUGACGAUCCUACCAUCACGUUUAAUACAAACUAAAACAAUGCUAAAUUGCACGUCAG